AUGAAGGGUUUGGAGUGCCAGGCAUUGCAUCAUCACCCACACCAUUCUGUCUCGAUAACGGUACAACUGGGUGUCGGUAACGUACCUUCCCUAUUGGAAGCCCCGGUCUCACAAUGUUUAUUAUACCAAGGACGGUGCAGAGCAGACCUCAAGGACCCGCCGAGCUAUCCCAAGCACUAG